AUGGAGGAAUUAUAUCUAGCUGCAGGUCGAUCAAGGCGUAAUAAUGAAAAUACCAACUUGCAUCACUAUCGAGUUGAGUUAUUCUACAUUGUGAUUGAUAGGCAGUGUAAUGAGUUAAAUGAGCGUUUCACUGAAGCAACUACUGAGUUACUAGUUUGUGUUGCAUGUUUGAGUCCAGUUGAUUCAUUUUCUGCUUUCGAUAAGCAGAAACUAAUUCGUCUUGCUUCCUUCUACCCAAAUGAUUUUUCUCUCAUGGAGUGCUUUGCUCUUGGUGAUGACCUUGAUGCAUAUAUACAUGAUAUGCGCAACAGUAAUGAAUUUUCAAGUUUAAGAAGUUUGGGGGAGUUGGCUCAGAAUUUGGUUAGCCAUAAGAGAAGUGGAGUAUAUCCUUCUAUUUAUCGACUUCUUAAACUUGCAUUACUUCUACCAGUUGCCACAGCUACUGUAGAGAGUGCAUUUUCAGCUAUGAAGAUCAUAAAGAAUCGUAUGCGCAAUCGAAUGGGAGAUCAACUUUUACAUGAUAGUUUGGUUGUGUAUAUUGAGAGGAACAAACUAAAUGAAAUAAGCAAUGAAACUAUUAUUCAACGUUUUCAGAAAAUGAAAACACGUCGUAAGCAAUUGUAG